GGAUGGUAUGGACUAUGGAUAGAGAUAAUGGGUAAUGGCCUUUGCUAGCAGACAUUUCUUUCUACCACCAUAUUUUGAUACUCUUCUCUCUAUCUUUUGUUUUUGAUAGAUUCUAAAUGCCCAUGAAGAAGUCACUCUGCUCAGCUUCUUUUUCUUCUACUGCUACUGCAACUGCAACUGCAACUGCUUCUUCUACAACCAUUCUUGGUCCUUAUCAUAGAGCUGCUUCUGUGUUAAGAGUACUGUUGUUCAGGUUGGUUUACUCGAAGAGUAAACUUCAGAACUCAAACACUUGAACUCCUCCUUGUUUUAUUUAAGGAAGUUUAGGAAAGUUACAAACUAGAUUCUUUUUUUGUUGUUGGGGGGUUUUGUUUUCUGAUUUGUUUAACUAAAUUUAGAAUCUUUGUUGGUUAGUUUGCCCAUUUUUCUGGUUCUGGGUUUUGGUUGGUAGUUAACAGGAUAAAAUCACAAAAAUUUGUUUGGGAUUAGAAACUCAGAAUCUUGGGAUUCUUUGAUUCCUUUUUAUGGGUGUGUGAAGUGAAGUGAAAUUCUUUUCUCUCCGGCUUUCACUUGCAUUUCCCAACUCGAAGCUAUUUGGUUGGAUAAGAUAGCAUCUUCCCACUUCCACACAUCACUAUCAACCUUUCCUGUUUCUAGUGAAUUUGGAGUUGGGAGUUGGAAGGUGAGCUUGAGGCUAGCUGAGCUUUUCGUUUCUUCUUCUUUCUUGUUCUUCUUGAACUUCUUGCAAGUUUGAAUUUUUCUUUUUUGAUGUUGGGUUUAACUAGACAGGUUCUGUGGAUUUGAUAGUGGGUCUCUCUCUUUCUAUCUCUAUAUCUAUUUCGCUGGAAGUAGCAAGAAGUCAAACCCACUUCAUAUUGCUACUGUUUCUUGUUGUUAAGUUGUGUUGUUGGUUACUGCUGUUGAUGAGUUUGCUUCACGUAGUUGGGUUUGGUCUAAAAGUGGGGCAUCUGCUUUUGAUGCUAUGCUGCUGGAUUGUGUCUGUAAUUUCCAUGAAUUGGUUCGUUAAUGGUGGGAUUAUGGACACCAAGUCUGGAAUGUUUUGUGAUAGUGGCAAGAUGUGGCUCAAAUGGUGGGAAAAGAUUUCAGGGAACAGCUGUAUGAUCCACCAUCACUACUACCAGUAUAUUGGGUCCAAGAGAGUCCCCAAAACAUGGUGGAAGAAGCUUUUGAUGACAUGGGUAGUUGGUUGGCUCAUAGUGUCUUUAUCGAUCUUCUGGUACAUGAAGUUACAAGCUACUGAGAAGAGGAAAGAGACCCUUCAAAGUAUGUGUGAUGAGAGGGCUAGGAUGUUGCAGGACCAGUUUAAUGUAAGUAUGAAUCAUAUUCAAGCCAUGUCCAUUCUGAUCUCAACCUUCCACCAUGGCAAGAAACCCUCUGCUAUUGAUCAGAGGACUUUCGCGAGAUACACAGAAAGAACCGCUUUUGAAAGGCCCCUCACAAGUGGCGUGGCAUAUGCUGUAAGGGUUCUCCACUCUGAAAGGGCACAAUUUGAGGAGCAACAAGGUUGGACAAUUAAGAGGAUGGAUACUCUCGAAAAAAACCCUGUCCAUAAGGACGACUAUGCCCCAGAAGCUUUAGAGCCAUCCCCAAUUAAAGAAGAAUAUGCUCCUGUCAUCUUUGCACAGGAUAUCAUUUCUCAUGUGGUUUCGAUCGAUUUGCUGUCGGGGACGGAAGAUCGUGAAAAUAUAUUGCGUGCAAGAGCUUCUGGAAAGGGAGUUCUAACUGCUCCUUUCAGGCUACUGAAAUCAAACCGUCUUGGAGUUAUAUUGACAUAUGCCGUCUACAAGAGGGAUCUCCCCUCAAAUGCUACCCCAAAUGAGAGGAUUCAAGCAACUGAUGGGUACAUUGGUGGUGUCUUUGAUGUCGAGUCACUUGUGGAGAAGUUGCUUCAACAGCUUGCUAGUAAACAGACCAUCCUUGUGAAUGUUUAUGACACUACUAAUCGCUCACAUCCAAUCAGCAUGUAUGGUUCAAAUGUAUCAGCUGAUGGUUUGCAGCAUGUUAGCACUCUUAAUUUUGGAGAUCCCUUCAGGAAGCAUGAGAUGCGUUGCAGAUUCAAACAAAAACCACCAUGGCCAUGGUUGGCUAUAACAACUUCAAUUGGCAUCCUUGUGAUUGCAUAUCUUGUUGGAUAUAUAUUUCAUGCAACUGUGAAUCGAAUUGCUAAAGUGGAGGAUGAUUACAAUAAGAUGAUGGAGCUAAAAAAAAAAGCCGAGGCUGCUGAUGUUGCCAAAUCUCAGUUCCUUGCUACUGUCUCCCAUGAGAUCAGAACUCCAAUGAAUGGUGUUCUUGGAAUGUUGCAUAUGCUCAUGGACACAGAUCUUGAUGUUACUCAACAAGAUUAUGUCAGAACUGCACAGGGCAGUGGAAAAGCUCUAGUCUCACUCAUAAAUGAGGUUUUAGACCAGGCAAAGAUUGAAUCUGGCAGGCUUGAGCUUGAUGCAGUGCAAUUUGAUCUGCGAGCAAUUUUAGAUGAUGUUCUGUCACUCUUUUCUGGAAAGUCCCAGGAAAAGGGAGUGGAGCUGGCAGUUUAUAUUUCAGACCGGGUUCCUGAAAUGCUAAUUGGUGAUCCAGGAAGGUUUCGCCAAAUCAUUACCAAUCUUAUGGGUAACUCGAUCAAAUUUACAGAGAAAGGACACAUAUUUGUCACUGUUCAUCUUGUCGAGGAGGUGAUUGGUUCAACAGAAGUUGAGACAUCAUCAGAGAACACCUUGAGUGGAUUCCCUGUCACUGAUAGAUGUUGUAGUUGGAAAGGAUUUAAGGCUUUCAGUCAAGAGGGAUCCACUUUUCCUCUCUCACUGCCCUCUGACUCAAUCAACCUAAUUGUAUCUGUUGAGGAUACAGGAGCAGGGAUCCCUCCGGAGGCGCAAUCUCGUGUUUUCACUCCUUUUAUGCAGGUUGGACCAUCAAUCUCCCGAAUACAUGGGGGCACAGGUAUUGGCCUGAGCAUUAGCAAGUGUUUAGUUGGCCUCAUGAACGGGGAAAUUGGUUUUGUGAGCAUUCCAAAGACUGGUUCCACCUUUACAUUUACUGCUGUCUUCACCAAUGGCUGCUCCAAUCCCGAUGAGUAUAAAAGCCAUAAAAUUAACAACCAAUCCAAUUCUGCAUCCACAGAAUUUCAGGGCAUGACAGCGUUAGUUGUAGACCCUAGACCUGUACGGGCUAAGGUCUCAAGAUAUCAUAUCCAACGGCUUGGAAUUAGUGUUGAAGUAGUCUCUGAUUUGAAUCAAGGUUGGUCUAACAUAAGCAGUGGCAAUGGGGAUAUUGAUAUUGUCCUUGUUGAACAGGAGGUUUGGGAUAGGGAUUCACACCUUUCAUCUCUUUUCAUUAAUAACUUAAAGAAAAUUGACCAUCGGACUCCUCCUAAGUUGUUCCUUCUAGCUAAUUUUAUCAGUACAUCCAGAACAAGUGCCACAACUUCAGGUGAUAAUACCCCAUCUAUCAUCAUGAAGCCCCUAAGAUCAAGCAUGCUUGCUGCCUCAUUACAGCGAGCCAUGGGUAUUGGGAGCAAGGGGAUUGCCCGCAAUAGGGAGCUCCCUGCUCUCCGCAAUCUUCUUCUUGGGAGAAAAAUCCUUAUCAUAGAUGACAAUAAUGUGAAUCUGAAAGUAGCUGCUGGUGCUUUGAAGAAGUAUGGGGCUGAAGUAGAAUGUGCAGACAGUGGAAGAAAGGCAGUCUCAUUGCUUAAGCCACCUCACUGCUUUGAUGCCUGUUUCAUGGAUAUCCAAAUGCCGGAAAUGGAUGGGUUUGAAGCUACAAAACUAAUUCGGGAAAUGGAGAAACAUGGAGAAACAUCUGUGGAGGCCUAUGAUAAUGUUUCAAACUGGCAUGUUCCCAUUUUGGCCAUGACAGCAGAUGUAAUCCAGGCUACACACGAGGAAUGCCUAAAAUGUGGAAUGGAUGGAUAUGUUUCAAAACCAUUUGAAGCUGAACAACUUUAUAGGGAGGUUUCACGGUUUUUCCAAUCAGUUCCAAAUGGGAUUCUAUAGAGACGACUUCUGUUCUAAUGGUUUGCCAAUGAUACAAGCAUGACUAGCUGUUCUCGUGGAUGCUUAGGAAUGCUUAAAUGGGUUCAAAUUCUUUCCAAGAGAAGAUAUUUGCUGAUUGUGGCAGUGUAUAUAAUAGCCAUGCAUGAUUGGUUCGGAUUGAGUUUUUGUUGAUUUUUCUGAUGAGCCAGAUGUAGAAGACAGUUCAUUUUUUCACGUGUAAAGUUCAUCUAAUUUCCAAGCCUUUCACCAGGGGUUAGUUAUUUGAGGUAUCUCUGCAAGUAAAGGUUCUUUGAUGGGACCUUAACUGGGCCAAGAAAAAUCCCUGGACUUGGAUGUAUCAUAGAAGCUCUGAGGUUGCAUCCUUCUCACAGUGCAAUAAUAAAGAUUGCACUCCUUGAAGAGAUCUCACCCUUUCUCUGAAUGUCAAUUUUUGUAUUAUAGUCAUUGAUUCAGUUGAAGGAAUGAAAUAUAACUUCUCGGCAACAGGAGAGAAUGCAUUGUGCAUAUUACCUACAACUUCUAUAAAGAAGUUUGAUGUGUACUUAUAUAGUAACCCCCUUUUUUUUUUCCUAACAAUGCGAAAAGUUUGUCCAACAGAGAAUUGAUGUAACUAAGACACUAGACAUUUGAGUAAUAUCACCAUUCUUGCCUGAUUUGUACAUUUCUUGAACCACUUCGGCUGAUUAUGAUUUUCAGUAUGGUAUCAAUGCAAACAUACUUCUUGAAACCCUUGGCAUACAACCAAG